CAUUGAGUUAGUUAUAAUCAGACAAGCAGAUGAUGAAAUCGUCACACCGCAGCUCCCUUGGUGAAAAACUCACUUAUUGCUAAAUAGCUCUUUUAGAAAAGAUUCGACAAGAGGAUAUCUUUAUGGCGAAACGUGAAAUCUGACAGAGUUGGACGCUUGAAGAGACGUUUCAUAUUUCAAGAGAAAAGAUGGGCUGUAACUGCAGUUCGGACUAUUCAGACAGCGAGUGGAUCGAGAACUUGGAUGAAAUCUGCGAACACUGCAACUGUCCCAUACCUCCCCAGUCAUGCAACCCAUACACCGACCAGCUGAUUCCAUACCCAUCACAGCAUUCACCUCCUACAUCUCCUUUACCAGACAAUCUUGUGGUGGCCAUAUACAGUUACGAACCCAAACAUGAUGGUGACCUGGGCUUUGAGAAGGGAGACAAACUCAAGAUCCUCAACAAGGAUGAUCCGGAGUGGUACUUGGCACAGUCUCUCACCACAGGCCAGCAGGGCUACAUCCCACACAACUUUGUUGCAAUGACCACAGUGGAGACUGAACCGUGGUUCUUUAAGAACAUUUCUAGAAACGAAGCCAUGAGGCUCCUCCUCGCUCCUGGGAAUACGCAGGGCUCCUUCUUGAUUCGAGAGAGUGAGACAACCCAAGGGUCAUACUCCUUAUCAAUCAGGGACCUGGACCACAACACUGGCGAAGGAGUCAAGCACUACAGAAUCCGUAACAUGGACAACGGUGGCUUCUACAUCCAAGCCAAGAUAUCCUUUAACUCUCUGAAGGAGCUCGUCCAGCAUCACUCACGUGAAGCAGAUGGGCUGUGCACGAAGCUGGUGAAGCCGUGUCAGUCGAGGGCCCCGCAGAAGCCCUGGUGGCAGGAUGAGUGGGAGAUUCCUCGUGAGUCCCUGAAGCUGGAGCGCAGGCUUGGUGCUGGACAGUUCGGAGAAGUCUGGAUGGGUGUGUACAAUAAUGACCGGAGGGUGGCAAUCAAGAACCUGAAGAUGGGCACGAUGUCGGUGGAAGCCUUCCUGGCAGAGGCCAACAUGAUGAAGAACCUGCAGCAUCCACGCCUCGUCCGCCUCUUUGCUGUUGUUACGCAGGAGCCAAUCUUUAUCGUCACAGAGUACAUGGAAAAUGGUAGCCUAGUGGAUUACCUGAAAACAACGGAGGGAAGCAAUGUGCCCAUGAACACUCUGAUAGACAUGGCGGCUCAGGUGGCGGAUGGCAUGGCUUUUAUUGAGGAGAAAAAUUACAUCCAUCGAGACCUGAGAGCAGCCAACAUUCUGGUGAAUACUGAACUCAUCUGUAAGAUUGCUGACUUUGGACUGGCGAGGCUGAUUGAGGACAACGAAUACACAGCAAGAGAAGGUGCAAAGUUCCCCAUCAAAUGGACAGCCCCAGAGGCUAUUAACUAUGGCACCUUUUCCAUAAAAUCGGAUGUGUGGUCAUUUGGGAUCCUCCUGACAGAGAUAGUGACAUAUGGACGCAUACCUUACCCUGGUAUGUCCAACCCAGAGGUAAUCCAGAACUUGGAGCGGGGCUACAGAAUGCCAAAGCCAGAAAACUGUUCAGAGGGGCUUUAUAAUAAUGUCAUGUGUCUGUGCUGGAGGGAAAACCCAGACGACAGGCCCACCUUUGAGUACCUGAGGAGCGUUCUGGAGGAUUUCUUCACUGCCACAGAGAGGCAGUAUCAGGAAUAGCCCUGACAGGGCAGAAAGACAUACAGACUAACAGUUAAGAUGUUCAAACUAAAGGCACAGCCUGGGAAGAUGGAUGCUGGAUUUUGUUUUGUUUGUUUUUGAACAGUACAUGCAUUUAUAUUGAUAGGGUAGAAACUGAGGUUUUACAAAGUACUUUGUUUCUGCACCAAACUUAUUCGGAAGUGGCCUCUUAGAUAUGAUACAGUCACAUGUGGAGCCAUACCGAGCCAACAACAGAGAGAAGAGCGAUCACCAUGCUGCUUCAAUAGACUGGGAACAGUUCCUGUAUAAGCAGCUGCUCUCCUGGUGCUUUUUAUUCACAUGUAAAUACCGUCAAAGUGCUUCAGCUGUGUUUUACCUCUGCAGUUUAAUAAAUGGUUUUAAAUUGUUUUACUUACAGUGCGUAAAUAAGUAAGAUUGGAUGGCUGUUGCAUGAUAAAGCAGAACCCAUCACAAAAUAUAGACAUGGGGUUGAUUUUUUCAUUAAAUGCAAAAAUGCUCAAAUGUUUUAUUUGUAUUUUUAUGUAAAUGUAUUAAAUUCAAUACUACAUUCAGGACACUGUAGUGUUGAUCUUGGCCACAUGUUCUACAGAUAUGCCAAAAACAUAUGACAGCUACUCAAAAUAUGUUUUUACGACCAUGCACACACUCCGUCAAUUAAGGUUUUAUGAGACAUGUAUGAACUUAUUAUACGAGAUGCACUGCCAAAGGUUAAACAACCAAGCAAUAAAUAGCAGUCAGUAAGUUAAAUAGCUCCACCAGCUGCAUUAAAAAAAUUCAAUGUGCACAUUAAUGCAACAGUUAAUACAUACAUAAAUAGUUUAAUACUAUUAUUCUUCUGCAUACUGAAUUGUUUUUUUUUUUUUUUUUUUUUUUUUACUACAGUACAUUUUGAUAUUCCUUACUUCCAAUUUUGGUAUUGUGACCUUUAAUUAGGAAAUGGGUCUUGUUCCACCCAGGGAUGGCACAUGAUUGAUGGAUAAUAUUGUUUUUUUUCCUUUUUGUUGAUAUUG